UUUUCUCUAUCUUUUUACAAGAAUUUUAUACAUACAAAUAAAGUAUAGAAAGACAUAGAAUUAACUUAUCCGAACAGUGCCACCUGAGAGGUGAAAUAUCUGUAAAUUUGAUACCGUAUUAAUUUUAAAAUGGGAUUAUUUGGAUAUAUCAAGAGGUACUCUGGGAUAUUCCUAGCAGAUGUAGCGACUUCGAUAGGCCUUUAUUAUUUAUGGAACAAGGGACAUAAGUACUUGGUUCCAACGGUGUCCUUGUGUGGUAUCGGUGUUUCUUACCUAUAUUGUCAUCUAAAAUCUCGAGACGAACUGACCUCGAAAGAUGUGGUUGUCAUAACUGGCUGCGGUUCAGGAUUAGGAUACAGUCUGGCUCUACAUUGCCGACAACUGGGGGCAACUGUAAUAGCGGGUGUAUUGCAAAUGGAAUCUCCCGCGGUUCAAAAACUAGAGGAUGAAGGGGUAAUUGUUUUCCCUUUAGAUCUCAUGGAACCGAAUAGCACUACAGGUUUCACGGAUUCCGUUCGUCGUACUAUAGCGGAAAAGAAAUUAGUGUUACGAUGUGUAAUCAAUAACGCAGCCGUGAUGGUCUUCGGCGAAUUCGAAUGGCAAACGUAUGGGCAGCUUAAGAAUCAGUUGGAAGUUAACUUUCUCGGUGCUCUGGUAGUCACACAAGAAUUGAUGCCGAUUAUCCGCGCCCAUUAUAGUCGGAUUAUUGUAGUCUCGAGCCACUGUAAGACGCAGCCAAUUCCAGGAGCUUCAGUUUAUAGUGGAACCAAGGCUGCUAUUAGCGCCUGGGCCAUUGCCCUUAGGGUGGAGUUGAAGAAGUAUGGCAUCAGAGUUGUUUGCGUCGUUCCUGGUAACCAAGGUUCCUUCAUUCGAGAGAGCAAUAUAUUUACUCGACAAGCUGAUCACUUUGAGGCGAUGAAGUGGGUAAUGCUCAAAGAGACACAAAACUUUUAUGGUGACUACUUAUAUAGAUAUAUGAAAUAUUUCACGUCCCUGGUGAAAAAUACAACUGUGCAAACGAUACGGGACGGUCGUAUCUAUGAAAUCUUCGAAGGCGCUAUUCUGGAUAGAUAUCCAUCGGCAACCUACAAGAAUGAAUCAUGGCGUUAUGCGAUUUACCAUACCUUGUUUACAAUCACACCAACCUUUUUGCGUGAUCGACUGGUCGAGAGGUUCGUACAUGCCCCUGCAUGGACGAAAGAGGAUGCUAAAAAGUCAGUGUCAUUCGCCCAGAAUGCGAUGGAUGGAUUGUAUGAUAGGUACAGCGAACGUGCUGUUUAAGAGAUCAAGUUGGGAAUAAAAAUGAAGUCCAGAGGAAAUCUUGAUCUCAAUGUUAAAAACAAAUGAAGAAAAUGAAAUUGUAAUAUGUUUUUUCGUAUAAAAGCAAAAAUAAAAUAUAAAAUAUUGCUAUUGUUAAAUUAA